UAUCUUUCUCGCAGGCGUACGUCAAAGUAUAUCCAUCGAAAUUUUGCAUGAUAAUUUUAUCAAUUAGUAUUUUAGCGUCAUUCUCUAAGAUGAUACGCGAUAACUUUAGCUAGCUCUCUAGUUUAGGAACAAAACAAUCCCUUCCAAAUUUAGUUCCCUAGUUUGGGCAGCAGCUAAUAGAGUGGCGCCAACUCUUUCCAUGUUGUCGAGAAGAGGUAUGGUAGUAGUGAGUGUGCGUCCUUUUUGCGAGGACAGUGAUGAGUCAGUGGAACACCUGUUUAUCCAUUGUGCUUUCGUUUGGCGGAUUUGGGAUCAUUUUUUACAGCAGCUGGGCAUUGUUUUCUUGAAAUAUUGCUUUCCUCUUAGUAUUUGGUGGGUUGCGUGGUCGGAAAGGAUCGACAUUUUGAAAUGAAAAAGCCUUUAAACUCUUUUAUUGUAGGCAUGAAAGUGUUGCUUUUUUAGUUGGUCCAUUAAUGUCGAAGAUUGGUGACUUUGUUUUUGAUUGGGCAAGCUUGUUUAGAGAGAGGUUUGUUGUAUGCUUUCCAAGCGCUUCGCUAAUUUGUUCCGGAAGGUGCUACCUUGGCACCCUUUCUUAUUUAAUUCAUCUUUUCGUUUCAAUUAAAAAUAACUAUAGCUGCAUUGAAUUAGCUUUAUGGUCAAACAAAGUGUCCUAAAAGAACAGUUGUUGGUGUUUAUGAAAAAAAUUUGAUGUUGGUCCUACUCAAUGGACAACAUAUGCAUGUUUCUUUUACCUUUAUCAUAAAUAAAACAAAAAGAAAAAUGUUCCUUCAAUCAGAUACCCAUAUUUUCUACUCUUCUUAAGUAAUUUUCCCUAGCAUCAACCAGUAGAAAAUCACACAAGAAAAAUAAGUAACAUCCACUCCAUCUAAAUUAUCAGAUAUACACUACUCUUUCAAGUCUUUGCUUGUAAUCGCUGAUGGAGAUUGUUAGUCCGGUCAUCGACAUAAUCUCACGUGUAUGGAGUUGUUCUUCUGUCCAUGGAAAUUAUCUCUAUGAAUUAAAAGAAAAUGUAAGUUCUUUAAAGAUUUCACUCACAAAAUUGAAAGAACGAAGAGAUGAUGUCAAGGAAAAGGUUGAGAUGGCAGAAAAAAACCCAACAGAGCCAGUGAAACGUACCCAUGAAGUUAGUGGUUGGCUCGGUCGAGUAGAAUCAUUAGAACAAGAUGUUGAAAGUAUCUUACAGAAGGAAGAAGCUACCAAAAUCCAAAAAGGCAGUUAUUACUGUUGCUGGGGUCGAAAAAAUUGCUGCAGCGGUUACAAACUUGGAAAAUCAGUAGUGGAAAAGUUAAGUGCCGUAGAGAAACUGUGGGAGGAAGGGAAUUUCAACGCUGUUGUUGAAAAAUCUCAACCGGAACCUGUCCAAGAGAUAAUUUCAAACCAAGUCGUGGGAAUGGAAUCAAAGAUUGAGGAAGUAUGGAGUUUGUUGGUUGAUGAUGAGACAAGUCUUGUGAGAAUUGUAGGCUUAUAUGGAAUGGGUGGAGUUGGAAAGACAACUCUUCUGAAAAAAUUAAACAAUGAGUUUCUCAAAAGAAAUCAUCAUUUUGAUAAAGUUAUUUGGGUUGUGGUGUCUAAGGAUCUCGAUAUCAAGAAUAUUCAGAAACAGAUCGGUAAGUCGCUCGGAUUGACAUGGGCAGAUGAUGCGAGUAUAGACGACCAAGCCAAAGAUAUAGCCCGAGUGUUAAAGAACAAGAAAUUUGUGUUGUUCUUAGAUGAUAUCUGGGAAACAGUUGACUUGGCAACAAUUGGACUUCCAAUUCUAAAAAGUAAUAGUACUCAAGAAAUAACAAUUAAUUCUAGAGUUGUUUUCACGACAAGAUCCGAAUCAGUUUGUGGGUUUAUGGAAGCUGAUAAAAAGAUCAAAAUAGACUGCUUACAAUGGGACGAAGCCUGGAGUUUGUUUCAAGAAAAAGCCGGACAACAAGCGUUAAAUUGCCAUCCAAAAGUAGCCGAGCUAGCCAAACAAGUCGCCAAAGAAUGUCUUGGUCUACCGUUAGCACUCAUUACUAUUGGUCGAACUAUGGCCACCAAAUCAACACUCCAACAAUGGCAACAUGCUAUCAAUGUUCUACGGAAAUCAGCCUCGGAGUUUUCAGGUGUUGCUGAUGGAGUGUUAGCUAUUCUGAAGUUUAGCUAUGAUAACUUAGAAAAUGAAAAAUUAAAGUCUUGUUUCUUAUACUGCUCCUUAUACCCGGAAGACCAUUCAAUUGAGAAAGAAAGACUAAUUAAACUUUGGAUGGGAGAAGGAUUCUUAGAUGAAGUUGAUGACAUUGAUGAAGCUUUCUUAGAAGGUCAUGAUAUUAUUGAAAGUCUUAAAAGUGCAUGUUUGCUAGAAACGGGUACUGGUAGUUCAUUUUUCUUGGGGGAUGGGGUAAAAAUGCAUGAUGUAGUUCGUGAUUUGGCAAUAUGGAUAGCCUCGGAUCUUGGUACAAAAAAAGGGAAGUUUUUAAUAAUUCCGACACAAAACAAACUGAAGCUCCAUGAAUGGGAAAAUGCAGAGAAGGUCUCUCUAGUUGGCAAUCACUCAAUGGGAGAACUCAAUGGAGCACCAAAUUGCUCUAAUCUCUCAACUCUGUUGCUUAACCAAAGUAUUGUGAGGACUAUAUCUGACGACUUUUUUCAGUCUAUGCCAAUGCUCAAAGUUUUAGAUAUGUCUGAUGUGAGCAUCAACAAGAAACUCCCAACAAGUAUUAAUUCACUGACGGAAUUACGACAUUUUGAUUUAUCAUUUAGAUUUCAAAGCUCUCUCCCAAUCGAACUAAGUCCAGGGACUUUUCUUAAUCUUACGAAAUUAAAGAUGUUGGACUUAUAUUGUCAAAACUCUUGCGACAUAUGCAACUGGGAAGUGGAAGGGGGACCAAGUCUGUGCGAGUUGGAAAGCUUAAAAGAUUUGAGUUAUCUUGGAAUCCGCCUUGAGACUGCUCUUGCUUUUCAAAGGUUAGUAAGUAGUCAUAAAUUACAGUUGUGCACAAGAUUGUUAAGAAUUUCCAAAUGUCAGGGCAUCACAACCCUCGUUUUAUCACCUCCGUCUUUACCAUCAUCUUCAUUAAUUAGUUUGGCAAACAUGGUUAGUCUGAAAACACUUUUUCUUGAUCGGAUGAAUGAGUUGCAAGAAUUGAGAAUAGAAGAUAACGUUACAUUGUUCACGAAUUUGGAAAAACUUCAAAUUUGGGACAUGCCAAAGCUACAUAUAGGGUGGGAUGUGCCUCAACGAUCGACCACGUCAUUCUGCUUUAUGAACCUCAAAGAUGUAGAAAUAUUAAGUUGUCCUAAGUUGAAGGAUAUGUCAUGGCUGAUCUAUGCUCAGAAUCUUGAGACGCUUGAUUUAUGUCUCCUGGAUGGACUGGAAGAGGUAAUUUCUGAUGGGUUUGCAGCCGAUGUGAAGUUAACAAAUACAUUUUCAAGACUCGGACGUUUUCGGCUCUAUUAUCUACCAAAACUAAAAAGGAUAUGCAACCAUGAUGUUAAAUUCCUUUCUUUGGAGCAUAUUCAUGUGAGGCAGUGCGGUAAAUUGAAGAAGCUACCAUUUGGCACCAAUAGUGUUAUUUCUAACACUUUACAAUCGAUUGAAGGACCGCGGGGAUGGUGGGAAGGGCUAGAAUGGGAAGACGAAACCACCAAGUCUAAUCUUGCUCCUUAUUUUUCUGUUAACAAUGGAUAAUAGUUGGAAGAAAAAGAGAUUGUUUUUUUUUGGGUGAUAUUAAUGCCUCUUGAUGGUUCUUCUAUUUUCUUUUCCAGUUUUUUUGGUUGAAUAGCCCUUGGAUUUGAAUUCCGGGUCUAAAAGACGAGUAAAGUAUGACUCCGGCUAUAAUAACCAAGGUUCUCUAAUAUCCUGCGCGGCUAUUUAGCCCAAAAAUUUUCUAUCAGUUUACUAAUUUAUCCUCUUCUUCUUUUUC